AUGUCUACGCACCGCGACCAGUUUGUCCACGGCCAGUUCAAGAGGCACGCGAAGGAGCUGACGCACAUUAUUGUCGAGAAGGAGAGGAAGUCCGCGUCCUACCGUGAGGGCCGCCUCGAUGCGCUCUUGGACGAGAAGGCGGGCAAGGUCAAGAAGUUCGCGAAGGAAGACCCUCCGCAAGGUGGACAAGAAGCGGCGCGAGGCCCGCCUCCGCGUCCCGUCGUCCGCGCAGCCCGCCAGCUCCGCGUCCCUGUCCAUGCUGUCCCCCGUCCGUGUCCAGUGAGGGCGGCGCCGCGGCGGCCUGGCGGUGUCAUUCUGCGAUGGCUCCGAUAUGCGUCAACGCUUGAGGAGCAGCUUCACCCGCCGUAG